UUUAUAAACCUACCUAAGAAGACUAAUCAUCGUUAUAAUAAGAGACAUUCCUCCACCUUUAUCUUUAUAAAUCAUAUCCAUUUGAGAUUAAUCAAAACACAGAAGCAGAAAUGGAUGAGAUCAAAGCCAGACGCAUAAUACUCCUCUCUAUCAUAUUCCUCUUCUUCUUUUCCGAGAAAGUUCUUUUGGGUUCAGCUAACGAGCAUGGGUCAAGGAAUCUUGCAGUGGUGAUGAAGCAACGGGUGAGAAACAGAGGGCCUCGUGACACUAACACAACGUCCGCAGCUUCUACUAUGAUGUUCCCAGGGUCCUUCCAUGUGGGUGCUGCUUCCUCCUUCCUACUCGCUCUUCUUUUAUAGUUUAUGUUCAUAGUGAUUGUGUGAUUUGUAUUAUUGUAGAUUCAGGGUGACUCCUUUUUAUGC